AUGGGCGCCGGUGCAAGCUCGCUGGCUUCACCCCAAGACAACAAACCACCGGCUGACGCCUGCCCGGUAGACCAUAAAACUCGAGAAAUCUGGCUGGCUCAGAAUAAGAACGCUUCACCACACGGGUCUCCUUCGGAUUCCGCCAAAGCACCCCCCGCUAAGCUUCAAAGGCCUCUCUCCACCGAUCGCGAAGUUAGCAACAUUCCACGCGCAUUACCCUCUAGCAAACCAGCCUCCGGACAAUCAUCGUCACUCCCUACAUCUCCCUACGCACAGCAGCCUUCAGUCGCAGUUGCAUCGCACGGGAUUCCAUCAAAUGCCGAGUCUGAAACGGGCGCUGACGGCAAAACUGGAAAUUGGAUAUAUCCUUCUGAACGACAAUUCUUCGAUGCACUAUUACGCAAAAACAACACCCCUGCCUCUACAAGCAAUGCCACCGAGCUAGCUACGUCUGUAGCAUCAAUAAUACCUAUUCAUAAUGCCGUGAAUGAACGCGCCUGGUCCGAGAUAUUAGAUUGGGAGUCGAAAGGCCCGACAUCAGAUCCUGGAAGCUCAAAAUGCGGAGGCCCAAAGUUAUAUUCGUUUCGUGGAUUGGGUGCUGAGAGUCAAUAUUUAAGUCCCCGCGCAAGAUGGAAUGGACUAUUGGGAUACCAGCUUCCCUUCGAUAGACAUGACUGGGUCGUCGAGAGGUGCGAUGGUGCCCGGCUAGAAUAUGUGAUCGAUUUCUACCAAGGCAAAUCGAAUCAGAAAGGUAGCGGUGGGAAACUGAAUUUCUUCCUAGAUGUUCGGCCGAAACUCAAUUCGUGGGAGGGCAUAAGGAUGAGGGCUAGCCGGUUCGUUGGCCUAUAA